AGAGACACUGACAUGAUGUUUGAGAAAUGGGUUUCGACAAUUCUUCUGCUGCAGUUCUGCUGUGUUGGCUGUGGAUUCUGUGGGAAGGUCCUCGUGUGGCCCUGUGAAAUGAGCCACUGGCUCAACCUGAAGACCAUUCUUGAGGAACUCCUGCAGAGGGGACAUGAAGUGACAAUUUUGACUUCUUCACAGACUUUCUUGGUUGACUAUCACAAACCUUCUGCAUUCAAUUUUGAGGUGAUCUUUGUGUCAGGGAACCAAGAGGAUGCAGAAAAAAAACUAAAUGAGUUUUUAGAUAUAGCUGUGAAUAUUAUGCCAACAUUGUCACUCUGGGAGUCAGCAAAUGUAUUUCAAAACUUCUUUCUUGAAGCAACUGAACAGUUUGAAGAACUCUGUCGGAAAGCAGUCUACAAUGAGUCCCUCAUGGAGAAGCUCCGGGAAACCAAGUAUGAUGUCAUGGUUAUAGACCCCAUGAUUCCCUGUGGGGAGCUGGUGGCUGAGUUGCUUGGGGUCCCUUUUGUGAACACAAUAAGGCUGUCCAUGGGCAACACUAUAGAGAGAUACUGUGGGCAUCUUCCAGUUCUGCCUUCCUACGUGCCUGUUUCCAUGGGAGGACUAACAGACAGAAUGACCUUCAUGGAAAGGGUUAAAAAUAUGAUGUUUACAUUGUUCUUUGACUUCGUGCUCCAGCAAUAUGACUUUCAGUUUUGGGAUCAACUUUACAGUGAAGCAUUAGGAAGACCUACUACAUUAUGUGAGACUAUGGGCAAAGCUGAAAUUUGGCUAAUCCGGACAUAUUGGGAUUUUGAAUUUCCUCGUCCAUACUUACCUAAUUUUGAAUUUGUUGGAGGAUUACACUGCAAACCUGCCAAACCUUUACCUAAGGAAAUGCAAGACUUUGUCCAGAGCUCAGGUGAAGAUGGUAUUGUGGUGUUUUCUCUCGGGUCAAUGGUCAAAAACCUCACAGAAGAAAAGGCCAAUUUCAUUGCCUCAGCCCUUGCCCAGCUUCCACAGAAGGUCUUAUGGAGAUACAAAGGAAAGAAGCCAGCCACACUAGGAGCCAAUACUCGGAUUUUUGAUUGGCUACCUCAGAAUGACCUUCUUGGUCAUCCUAAAACCAAAGCUUUUGUCACUCAUGGUGGAACUAAUGGAAUCUAUGAAGCUAUUUAUCAUGGGAUCCCUAUGGUGGGAAUCCCCAUGUUUGCUGAUCAACCUGAUAACAUCGCUCACAUGAAGGCCAAAGGAGCAGCUGUGGAGGUGAACUUCAACACAGUGACAAGUGCGGAUUUGCUCAGUGCCUUGAGAACAGUCAUUUAUCAACCUUCUUAUAAAGAGAAUGCCAUGAGGUUAUCAAGAAUUCACCAUGAUCAACCUGUAAAGCCUCUGGACAGAGCAGUCUUCUGGAUUGAGUUUGUCAUGCGCCACAAAGGAGCCAAGCACCUCAGGCCAGCCUCCCAUGACCUCACCUGGUUCCAGUACUACUCUUUAGAUGUGAUUGGGUUCUUGCUGGCCUGUGUGGCAACUGUUGUAUUCAUGGUCACAAAAUGUUGCUUGUUUUCUUGUCAAAAAAUUGGUAAGACAGUAAAGAAGAAAAAGAGGGAAUAGAUCAAGAAAGAGGGAACAGACCUUUCUAAGUUUGGCAAAAUCCUGAAUAAGGAAAUCCUAUUAACUCCAUCCUUCAAGAACUUACUGAAAAUCCAUCUGCAUGCUGUGUUCAGAUAUCCCAAUCUGGCCUGCAGGAGUAGUUUAGUUGAUCGAGUGAUUGCCUGGGAUGCACUGGGUUCGAUCCUCAGUAUCACAAAAAGGGAAAACAAAACAAAACCAAACAAAACAAAAUCCCCGUCCUUUGACUUGGUCUAGAGAAAAGCCUAGAGUUCAAUAUGAUCAUUAACUAGUGAGUAUGUCCCAUUCUUUCCCAGAUGGCUUUACCAUCUUCCUCUCACUUUCCUGACACAGGGGCACUACUAAGUCUACAUAUUCUUUUCAUAAGGUAAUUUAAAGUUUUUAACAUCAAAUUAUACGCUGACUAACAGUAUACUGAAUCCUGGGACAGGCACAAAGCGUAAAUGGGAUUUGAUGGAUGCAGGGAAAUCGGGAGUCAAAUUCAAAAGUCCCUAUAUACCACACAUAUCGAUGAACCACCAUAGAAAAUUAGUUGAGAAAUUUCUUUUUAAAUUAAAAAAAAAAAAAAGAACUCUUUUGCUUCUUUACUGUUACAGUGAUUACAGCAUGAUUUUAUAACUGAUGCUCCAUCACAGUAG